CUCCCGCGCCGCCGGGGCCGCCGGACAGAGCGGCGGGCGGGCGGAGGCGCGUGCGGGUCCCGGGAGCUCCGGCCGCGGAGCCGCCUUCGCCGCGCACGUGCGGCCGCCGCCGCGCCCGGAGCACCCGCCCCGUCGGCGCCUCGUGGCGUCGGGGCGGCGGGCACCAUGCACACGCCGGCCGCCGCGGGUCCCGGCGAGGCGCGCGCGGUAGACCUUGCGGACAUAUGCGAGUCCAUCCUGGAGCGGAAGCGGCAUGACAGCCAGGCUGCGUGCGGCCUCUUGGAGCUGAAUGACAUCGAAGCCGUCGAGGCUCUUGUCUGCAUGAGCUCCUGGGGUCAGAGGUCCCAGACCGGCGACCUCUGGAAGGUCCGACCCCUCACACCCGUGUCUGACUCCGGGGAUGUCGCCACCACCCCCCUGCUGGCGGACGAGGCCAUGCCGGAGCUGCCGAAGGACUUCCCCGCCUUGUCCACGCUGUGCAUGACUCCGCCUCAGAGCCCGGACCUCACCGAGCCGCUGACGAGACCACAGGUUCCUUCCCACCCGCCUGAUGCCAAAGCCGCCAGCGCCCCGAGCCGGAGGGCCGAGAGGAGCCUGCCCCCGGGUUCGAAGCCAGAGCUGCUGGAGCCGGCGCCUGGCGCCCCCUGCAGGGCUGAGGUGGCCAGUGCCGCCCCCCACGCCCUGGGGAGUCCGGCUCCCGGCCUCGUUGCUGCCACCCCGCCUCCGGACCGCAGGGGAGGGGCUCCGCUGCACGGACACGUGGGAGCUCUGCGGGACCCACACCUCGGAGACCCUUCUCUCGCCUGGAACCCGGGGCCCUGCCCGCCUCGCCCCAAGAAGUCUGGGGACCCGGGCCUCCCCGACCAAGGCCAGCAGGCAGGGCGGCCGGCUGCAGUGCCACCCCGCUCACCAAAGAACGAUGAGGAGGACCUGCCUCUGCCCUCUGUCCCCGCCCCCAGCCCUCCCGUCCUUUGCCACAUGGUGCCCGUGACCGGACAGAGUGCCGUGCUGCCGGCGUUUCUGAAGGCCCCUGCCCCGGCGCCCACCGGACCUGGCACAGCCAUCCUGCCCCAGGCUGCCCCCGGGCCCCCGCCCGUGCUCAUGGGCCCGGCCGUGCCCCAGGGAGCCAUGAUGCUGGUGCUGCCCCCGCCCGCCUCCGGCGCCCCCGCGGGCGUCGUGGCUGCGGGCGGUGCCAGGCUGCUGCCUCUCGCCCCGGCCCCCGUGUUCAUCGCCGGCGGCGCCCCUCCGGCUGACUUCUCCCGGAGGAGGAACUACCUGUGCAGCGUCCCCGGCUGCCGCAAGACCUACUUCAAAAGCUCCCACCUCAAGGCGCACCUCCGCACCCACACAGGGGAGAAGCCGUUCGGCUGCAGCUGGGACGGCUGCGACAAGAGGUUCGCGCGCUCGGACGAGCUGUCCCGCCACCGCCGCACGCACACCGGCGAGAAGAAGUUCGCCUGCCCCGUGUGCGCCCGGCGCUUCAUGCGCAGCGACCACCUGACCAAGCACGCCCGGCGGCAUGUGGCCGCCAGGAAGCCGCCGGGCUGGCAGGCCGAGGCCGGCAAACCGAGCAGCAUCGCCGUGGCCGAGGCGCCCCGCAGCCCGCUGGCGAGCCGGCCGGCCGAGGCCUGAGGGCGGCGGGGCGUGCCCGCGGGCACUCCCAGGAGGACAGCCUGCUGCUGGUCUCUCCCCCAGCCCCGGUCCCUGUCCUGGGGGCUGGGAGAGCGGAGGCUGGCUCUGAGGAGCGUCCGUUACCGGUUCUCUGUUUGGCUGAGACCCUGUUCCGUGUCUUUUGUAGUUUCAGAAGUUUUUUGAGGGAAUGGAAGAAAAUUUUACGAUCUCAAAUCACCAGCAUUCAAACGUGUCAGCAAUAAAUUUUACAAUACCUGGAUUUUUUUUACAGCCUUUCUAUGCACGUUUUGUAGAGCUGAGGCAGGGUCUGACUUUGUACUGUUUUUUUAUGAAAAGGUUUAUAUUGUUGUUGCUCCGAUCACCAGUUUCUAGAUCGAUGGUUUUGCAGUCUUUCCAAUGGUUCACGUUUGUAUGAGAACCCUUCAGCCGGGAAAAAUAAUCACACGUCUGUGACCGGGCCUUUUAGCGCGAAGAAUGUUUUAGGGUCGGAGCUGGUGGGCAGGGUCCUUAGAGACACGGGGAGAGAAGCAGGCAGCCCCCUCAGGCAGCCAUCCCUUUGCCGCUGUGGCCCGAGGAUCAAGGUUUUGGUUGCGUAGAACGAGUCGCCUGUGUCUGCGGUGUGACUUGUGCAGGAUGUACCCAGAGGAUGACUGAAACACACUCCACAGACAGACAGACACCCUGUGGUUGGGGCCUGUAGGCUCCGUCUGCUCUGUGGAGAGCACGGCAUUCGCAGUUCCCUGUUUGCACCUCAAACUCCGGGGGGAAAAGAAGAAAAAAGGUAACAUAGCGCAGCUGCCCGCCAGCCGUUGGGGGCUCAUGUGCCUGGUCCGCAGCACUUUGUGGGCAGAGGCCCUGCUUAGAGCGGCAGGGAGCAGCCUCACUGCGGGAGGAGCUUCCCACCCAGCACAGCUCUGAGCUGGGCACACCCAGGCGCAGGCUGCGUGCCGGCGGCCAGCCAGGCCUGGCUCCUUGGUGAUGGGGAACCUGAGGAAACGCAUGUGACGCUGAACGGCCGUGGUGCCACCAGCUGCCCCUUCACUCGUGGUGUGUGAUCACGGGAAACUCCGUGCAGAGGGGGUGUUUGCAGUUCAGUUGGAAGUAGACCCUGGGCACCAACCUUGAGGCUGUGGGCACAGGCCCUCGCCCCACAGCGCCUGCCCUGGGGGGCGCUGGGAGUCCAGGCCGCAGAACGCGAGGAGGCACGGAGGGGAGGGCAGGGCGGUGUCCCUGGCCCGGUGUGCAGAGUUCGCCUUUGCCCCUGGGGCCUGGCAUUCACCUUCGUUAGGGGGAUGUGAUAAAUAGGAUGUUCGUGCCCAAGAACAACCAUCAGAUGUUACAGCGCUGGCCCUUUCUCCUCCCACUCGGACCUUCAAACCAGCACGAACACCCCACGUGCAUGUCCGAGGCGGCAGUGCACCUGGUAUUUCCCUUCCUUACACACAAGGUCAGUCCUGCCAGGGUGGCGGGGACCCCACAGGAGGUGUUUCAUCCUCUGAGCAGCGUCGUCUGAGCUGCCGGAGGUUUUGACGAGCACUCCCUGGUCAGACGUAGCAGUGCCUCCCGGAGAUGCUUCCUUUGCCUCUGUCUGUCCCCGAAGGGCGGGCAGUUGGGAAACAGUUUUGUCUGAAGCAUUCUGUCCUGAGAGCCACCCUCGGUUGGUUCCGUGUGGGGUUCCGAAUGGAGCCCUGCGGGGCCUCCCAGUGCCCUUGACUUCCUGAGCGCUCCCUUGAUUGUUGUUGACUCUGAGCCUUUUAAGUGGUUUCAGUAAUAAAACUUGCAAUGUCUUGGAAUUGUGUUUCCUGUACCACCAGACUUUGACUUGUUAUUUAAAUGAAUAUGUGUGUUGUAACUUUUUUCUUUGAAUCGUAUAAAAUCCUGUAAAACGCCUUUGAUUUGCAAACU